AAAUCUAAAAAAUAGCCAAUCAAAGAAACGUUUUAAACCCUACCCCCUCUUCUCAACACACAUGGUUCCUCCCUCCCAGAAUCCUCAGCGUGGUACAACAUGGCGGCGCCCUGUAGGCACGUAGGCCGAAUUCUCCUGAGAAAAGGAGGAUUUUUACCCAGAAACUCUGCUCAGCUGAAGGUUAACAGGACUUUUACCCAGACUUCACCUCUGCGACAGCCGGCUGCAGAAACUAUUCCAGAGUCUACAGAGACCAUCGUCAUCCCUCAGAGAAAGACCUGGGGUAAGGAGGCGGUUCUGGAGGCGUUGGCAGCGACCGUCAGCAGGGAUCCUACAGCGUAUCCACACCAGUUCCAGGAUGACCCCUACCUCUCUCCAAAGACCUCCACAGAGUCUAAACUGUUCACUCUCUCUCUGGAGUCUGGGCGAUCAGCGGCCAAAUACUUCAUCGACAGUAACCCUCGGUUCUUCUCUGAAGACUUCGCAGAGCCUCAUGUACCCUGUCUGAUGCCAGCGUCGGUGUCUCCGCUCCUGGAUGAAGUGAGCGAGGAAGCUCUGAAGGAGAGGAUCAGCCUGAGGAGAGUGAAAGCUGCCGUGGACAUGUACGACCAGCUCCUGCAGGCUGGUGCUUCAGUGUCCAUAGAAGCGACCCAUGACCUUCUAGACCUGGUCUGUCUCUACUGUGACAGAGAUCCUGCAGAGGAGCCAGAGCCAGAGCCAGAGCCAGAGCCAGAGGACAUGGAGGGGGCUGAGGUUGUGAAGAGGACUAGGAGCAGAGCCCGCCGGGCGUCGGACCUCCUGACGUCAGAGUGGAAAGAGAACAACAACGCAGAGAGGAUCUUCAACCUCCUCCCAGAGAGAGACACGCGCUGUUACUCUGCUCUGAUCAGAGGCAUGGUGAAGCAUGGAGCCUAUGCUAAGGCCUUCAGUUCGUACACAGACCUGCUGAACGACAGACUGACAGCUGAUGUCCACAUCUUCAACGCCCUGAUCUCAGCAGCUCCAGAGGUCAGAGACAAAUACAACGAGAAAUGGGAGGUCAUCACGGAGCUUCUGAAGCAGAUGAACCAGCAGAAGGUCCAGCCCACCCUGCUGACAUUCAACAGUGUCCUCAAAGCUCUGAAACGCUGCGGCUCUUUGGCCAGAGCUCAGUCUCUGCACACGCUGAAUGAGAUGAAGGCUUUGAGGAUCGCCCCCAGCCUGGCCUCCUUUGACCACAUCCUGGCCAUCUUUUUCAAAGGAGCUUCUCGCCAGGCCAACAUUGAGCUUUUCCAGGAAGUGAUGUCAGAGCUGGCAGGAAGCAGCUUCACCUGCCAGGACCCUGAUGACGCGUUUUUCUUCAUGAACUCCAUGAGAAUAUGCUUGGAUAUCAAAGAUAUGGAGCUGGCCUAUAAGGUCCAGAGUCUGUUAGAAGUGGGGGACAACUGGAGGUUUCUGGCUAACCCCUUCAGUCAGACGCUUUACUACGGCCGCUUCUUCAGCCUGCUGUGUAUGAUGGAGCACAUCGACGUGGUGAUGAAGUGGUACAGACGCCUGGUCCCCUCGCUGUAUUACCCAAGCAUUCAGGGACUGAGGGACCUGCUGCAGGCUCUGGACACCGACAGCCGUCUGGAUCUCCUGCCCUCUAUCUGGAAAGACAUCCGCUCUCUGGGCCAUGAUAACAAGUCUGAGCUGGUGGAGGAGCUGCUGGCCCUGAUGGCCAGAGACCACCACAGUCCUGAGGUCCAGGACUCGUUUGCAGCGUGUGCUCUGGAUGUUAAAGGAGUGUUUGAAAAUAGAGGGAGGUCCGGCCUGGAGUGGACCCCCUCCUCCCUCUCACACGUCACCUCUCUGCUGCUGAGAGCCAACAGGACUCAACAGGCCUGGGAGAUGCUGCAGCUCUUCAAGUCCAACAACAGAGUCCCAGCCGAGGGUCUGUUCGAGGAGUUCCUGUCCCUGUGUCACAGCGAGGGUUCCUCUCAGAGAGCUGUGGAGCUGGUUCAGCUGUCUGCAGCCUUCUGUCUGUCUGUGACUCCAGAUCUGGCUAGGAGAACCCUGGCUGAGUUUGAGCUGACGGAGGAACAGAGAGCCGUUCUGUCUGAGCUGGAGUCUGCAGGCGAGUCUUCAGAGUGACGGAGGAGCAACCCGGCAGAACGGAUCUAUUCAUGAGAAUAUAAGAGCUCUGUGUGUGUUAUUGUCAUGUUAGUCUCACUAAUAAACCUGGACCUGGU